AUGCUCCGUGGAUUUUCUCGUCCAUCGAUAUCGCAGCUAUGCAUGCAGCAAGAGCCCAAAGGCCCACGAAAGAGGAGCUCUCGCAAGAGAUACGGUUCUCAGCUCCCUGGAUUGACGGGAAGGCCAUUGGGGAAGGCAAAGAGGAAGCUCCUGGAAAGACUGGAUAACGAGGAGGAGGAGCUGGAUACUGUGCGCGAUGAGCUCAAGAAGAGACUGGCCGAAGAGAGAGAUACAAGUACAGCUUGGACGAAGACCAAGGAAUUCCUGGAUAUUCAACAGAGGUGGAGUAAAGAAUUUAACAGUCCUAGCAAGGACACUGAUGAAGACGACAUUGUUGGAAACACCAACGUGUUUGAGUGGAAGCAGGUGAAGGAUCCUGAGAGCGGCGAUGUGUACUUCUGGAACAUCAACACCGACGAGACGACGUGGGACGUCCCAGAGGGAGUGGAGGCAAGCAAGACGACAGCAAGAGUUUGUUUCCUUCUCAACCGUUUCUUCGCAGACCCAGCAGGAACAGAGGGAGUCAAAUGGAUCUGCACACAGAAGACAACGGGACAUGCCCACAACGGCAUCUUCUUUGAGGUCCAAGCGAAAAGCGCUGAUGUCUACAUCACUGGCGUGAGGACGGGCAGUCAUGAACAUUCCGACAUCUACGUCACCAAGUAUCGAGUGUUCGUGCGAGAUGGGCCAUCUUAUGGCCACGAAAUGUCGAAGUCAGGAUGGAAGCAGGUUGGCAUGAAGAAUGUGAAGGCGUUGGUCAAGAGAGUGGGCCCCAAAAAGUGGGAUGCUUUUGGGUUUCCAAGGCAAGUGAAGAGGACGGUGGAAGGGGUCAACAAGCUACUUCCUUCGAUCUCAGACCUUGAUGAAAACCCGGAGCUUUUUUACGGCCCGCUGCCUCUCACUGAAGCUAUCCGUGUACCUGCCGGUCAGACAGUCUCGAUUGCCAUCUGGUGUGAAGACAUGCUGGGGAUCAUCUUGAGGAAGAAGGACCCUUGGAUGAACAACGGGAGACGUCGGACAAGGCGUUACGUGGGAGGAUUUUUUGACAAGGGAGAAGUCACUGACGAGAAUGUCGAUAUGACCUUGAGGUCGGGCCUCGUUCCGACAGAGGCAAUUUUUUCAAAGGUUUUGAAUCCUGAGGGAUACAUGGGAUUCGUUGGAGUAUUGGAGUACGUUCUAGACAAGAACUUUGUUCCAGAAUUUCCCAGCCCAGAAAACUUGGAAGGAGAAGAUUUGGAAGACGAGGAGCUAACUCAAGAUGGGACUGCAAAUACGAGUGAGGAGGCGUCGCCUGAGGCAUUGAACGAGGACUUGCUCGGAGACGAAGAAGAGGAGGAACAGGAAGAGCUAGACGAAGAAGCGAUCAAGGCAUUGAACGAGGGCCCUCAGCAUCUUUUCUUUGGCGGGGACAAGGAGGGGAGCCAGAAGUCAGGAGCUGAAGGACAGGUCGAGCUCUUUCUGGGCUGCUUCCUCAACGACAAGGAUCUCGGGGAGCUCGCCAUCGACGCGUCCACAGACUGGGAAGAGCUGAAGACUGAGCUGGAGGAUCUGGUGGGGUCGCCUGCCUCAUUCACUUACCAGCGUCCAGACAGUGACAAGACCGUCAAAGUCAAUGAUGAGAAGAGCUGGGCUGCUUGCAAGGACCUUCUCACCGAUCCUCAGAUGGACCUCGAAGGCUACAUAGAAAUCGACAUCAUCAAGCAGUGA